AUGAAGCUAUUCACUACAAUUGCCAGUCUUGUCGCGGCAGCCGAGGGCGCUGCUCUUGGACAUGGCAUCGAUGUGCAAAAUGUACUUCAGUCAGUGCUCAGCAUAGCAGAAUCGCAUCAAUCAACAAAACCACCAAAUUUCCUCUUUGUGAUCACUGAUGACCAGGAUCUUCAACUGGACUCAAUCUCAUACACACCGCACAUCUUGAAGCAUAUGCGGGAUAAGGGAACCUUUUUCCAAAAUCAUUUCGUCACGACUGCGCUUUGUUGUCCAUCUCGAGUUAGCCUAUGGACUGGCCGUCAAGCACAUAAUACUAAUGUUACAGAUGUCAGUCCACCACACGGCGGAUAUCCCAAAUUCGUGGACCGUGGAUUCAAUGAUAACUUCCUGCCGGUCUGGUUGCAAGAAGCCGGCUACGAUACAUACUAUACAGGGAAAAUGUUCAACUCUCAUACAGUCGAUAACUACCAUAGCCCUCACAUUAAUGGGUUCAACGGCUCCGAUUUCCUCCUCGAUCCCUUUACCUACUCCUACCUAAACUCUACCUAUCAACGAAAUCAUGACCCGCCAGUGAGCUACGAAGGGCAACAUACAAUUGAAGUUAUAACGAAAAAGGCACUGGGAUUCUUAGAGGACGCGCUGGAAGGGGAUCGACCUUUCUUUGUCACAGUGGCACCUAUUGCACCCCACUCAAAUGUCGAUCCAAUGGUGCUCAACCAUGACAAGAGUGAUCACACGGGGAUUUCAAUGUCAGCGCCCAUUCCAUUGGAGAGGCAUAAGCAUCUAUUCCAGGAUGUGAAAGUGCCUCGUACCGAAAACUUCAACCCGAAUGAGCCCAGUGGUGUCAGUUGGAUACAGGGAUUAGAACAGCAGAACCAAACCGUCGUCGACUAUGGUGAUUUCUUCUAUCGCUCCCGUUUACAAGCUCUUCAGGGCGUGGAUGAACUUGUCGAUUCUCUUGUUACACGUUUGGAAGAGAGUGAUAAGCUGGACAACACAUAUAUUAUCUACACAUCCGAUAAUGGAUUCCACAUCGGACAGCACCGUCUGCCACCAGGAAAGACCUGUGGCUUCGAGGAGGAUAUUCGAGUCCCGCUCUUUGUUCGUGGCCCAGGCGUGCCUGAGGGGCAUGUGCAAGAUGCCGUGACAACCCACAUCGAUCUUGCGCCGACCAUCUUCCAACUUGCGGGCAUCCCUCACCGUUCUGAUUUUGACGGUACUGCGAUCCCAGUGACGCCCAAUUUUGCUGGACCACGACAUGAACAUGUCACCGUGGAAUUCUGGGGUUCUUCGGUAUUUGAAGGAGAUUACGGUCAUGUUGGCAUUGGUGGCUCUACUUUCAUGCCAAACAACACCUACAAAUCCGUUCGUCUGUUGGGUCCGGGUUACAACCUCUACUAUUCCGUCUGGUGUACUAAUGAGCAUGAGCUCUACGAUCUUUCUACGGAUCCGUAUCAAUUGCACAAUCUCUACCCAAGUAGUCUUCGCAACGAUGGGAUCGAGCCUCAACUUUUGGGACGUGGCAUCUCGCACACUAUCCGACGACUUGAUGCCCUUUUGCUCGUUCUUAAAUCCUGCAAGGGAUUUACUUGCAUCGAGCCUUGGGAGAGCGUUCAGCCGGGACAGUCCAUUAGUACCUUACGUGAAGCCUUGGACGAACGGUACGAUCUGGCGUAUAGCCAGCAGCCUGAAGUCUCAUUCAACUGGUGUGACACUGGCUAUGUCAUAGCAGCUGAGGGUGCACAGGAACCGUUAACCACGAGGUAUGGUGCUCCCUGGCACAUCUGGGUGUAA